AUGUAUUGGAUUAGAUGGUUCAUCUUUCUACUUACAAUAUAUUCUUCAAGUAUAAAUGUAGAAACAAAACCUGGGAUUUCGGCAUCUCAUGGUAAAAUUUUAAUUUCUAGUGCAAAUAAUCAGAAUGAUCACAAUCAAAUACCUUCAGCAUCAAAUGGAAUAAAUGGAAGAACAUUUGUUCAUGAUAAAGGUUUACAUGUACAGCCAAGAAUUGAACCCCCCGUUUCUCCAAAAUUGUUAUGUCCAAAAGGCUACGACUUGGUUGACGGGAAUUGUCUUUUUUCUCACAUUAUCCCUGCAAAUAUUGACUGUCCGGAUGGAUUUGAAGUAUUUAAAACAAACUUAAGCAUAGAAUGCAUUAAGAAGAACUUGGUGUCUGCGCAAUUAAACUGCAAAAAUGGAGCAUCACCAAAAAUAUUCGACAACAAUGCAUACUGCCCUACAGAAAUAAUAGAAAACCCGUCAAUAAAUUGUCCUUCAGGUACUAUACAAAAAGAUAAUGAAUGUAUUGUUAUUGAAUCAAAACCCCCAACAUUAAAAUGUUCAGAUGGUUAUUCCUUGGAUAACGAUUCAAAUUGCAAACAAGUUAUUGAGUCAAAACCUUUACUUAACUGCCCUCCAAAUACUAUAUUGGAGCAAACAACAAUGACAUGUGUUACGAAAGUUAUUGUAGAACCUUUAGAAGUAUGCCCACCAGGAGCAGUUCCAGUAAAAUCUAGGGACCUAACCGAUAUUAAAGGGUUGCUUAACAGAAUAACAAGAAAUCAAGAUGAUAAAUUAAGAUAUUUACAAGAAAUACCCACAUUGGGGUCUCUAGAUAGGUACAAUAAUAAUAAUCCAUCUCCAGGUAAGACUGUUAGUACAAAUAAUUUGGAAACUCAAAACAAAUUUUUUAACAAUAUGAAUGAACAAAACUAUAAAAAUUUAGAAAAUGACGGCUUGAAUAGCAAAGAUAAAAUUAUUAACUCCGGAUUGGGCCAUACUAAUGAUCAAAUUAAAUCACCAUCUAAUAUUUCGAAUCAGGAGAAAAAAAGUUUCAAUUCUGGUUCAAAUGUUUAUGUUUCAAAUAUCCAGGAACAAUUAAGUGAAUAUAAGAAACCUAUUGGGUCCAAUGUUGCUCAGGCUGACACAUUUUAUCAAGCACUUUACGAUUCAAGUAGAGAUUUAAAAAAUAGUGGUGGAAUAAUUAAUGAGUCAUUAAUUGGAGAUGAAGUAAUUUGUUUAAUACUUCAGUUUACAAACCCUAAGGUAGAGUGCCCACCUGGGCUUAGUCUUACAAAAGAAGGGAUUUGUGUACACUCGGAUAUUUUCACACCAAAGAAGACUUGUGAAGGUGGGAUUGAGCCUGAUAGCGAUAAUAUGUGUGUAAUAGAGAAGUUACUUCCUGCGGAGGUUGAAUGUCCAAAAGGUUACACAUUAGAAAUUGUCACAGGUAUGUGUAUAAAAAAAGAAAUAGAAGAGCUUGUUUGUCCAGAAGGAACGAUAUUAAAUAAAACUUCGUUGAAGUGUGAAUCUGAACCAAGUUGCCCAGAAGGAUUUACUCUGAAUAACUCUACUGUAACUUGUGAAAAUGAAAAGUCAGAGCCUCCUCAUCAAAAAUGUCCUGAAGGGACUGAAUAUGAUGAGUCCUCUAGCUCUUGUAAAGUAAAGGAUGCCCAAUUGCCAUUGAUAAUGUGCCCAGAAGGCUAUGAACAAAGAGGGGAUGAUUGUGUUUUGGAUAAAAGAAUCCCUGCUUCUUAUUACUGUCCAUCAGAUUAUUAUCAGACAAACAAGAAUGAUUGUGUUAAAUGGUAUCAGGAUUAUUUGCUUCAAUGCCCUCCGUUUUUAGAGCUAAAGGAGGAAGUAUUCGCUUAUAGAACUGAUUUAAUUCCUCCGCCUGCUGCUGGAAGAGGACCAGUUCUUCCAUAUAUGGCAUUAGGAAGAAAUUUACAACAGAUUUCCUACGAGAACUUAGAUGAAUUUUCUGAACAGAGAAACAUGGAGUUCAAAAGGAAUGUGAAUAGAAAUGGGUUCGGGGAUCAUACGAACAUUGGGGAUGGGAAUCAUAGAAAAAGAUAUGAUUAUUUGAGCUCAACAACCCCUAUUGUGAUAAAAAGCUCAAAAGUCAGAGGGAUGGUCUGUUUUGGAUGGGGGAAAAGAUAUAAAAUGAUUGUAAAUUGCCCUGAAGGGACUACUUUGCUAAAUGAAAAGUGUAUUGAAACUAGAAUAAUGCCACCGCAGUUCUUUUGCACAAAAGGCUAUACCUUUAAUGAAAUUGACUCUACUUGUUUAUAUGAAGAAAAAAUUAAUCCGAACAUAGAAUGCCCCGCAUAUAUGAAUCUAAUGAUUAAUAAAACUGGAGCCCCUGUUUGCAUUGGUAACAGGAGAGAGCCUGCGGAAGUCAGUUGCCCUGAAGGAUUUGAGUGGUUAGCCGAUACAUUAAAUUGCCAAUCUCAAGAAUUUGCCCAGCCAAGAAUUACGUGCAUAAAGGGUUAUUCAAUCGUAAAAGAAAGUACAGGAACUUUUUGCAAAAGAAGUGAUUCAAUCAAACCUACACCCAGUUGCCCACCAGAAUAUAGGUACGACAAUUCCAAUCAAAUUUGCAUUUAUGAAGUAAAACUCCAUGAAGUGAGAGAACGAGAUGAAAACUUAAGAAAUUCAAUUACAAAUAUUAGAACAAAUCUGAAUUUAUAA